AAAAAAACUGAUGAAGGUCCGAGAACGCAUGCUAGCGGGAUCGGUGGAGGAUUUCAGGGAGAGACAAUGGUCUCCCCACGAUACAUUGGGCCAUUUGUAAUUCUUGAGAGAAUUGGGGCUGUAGCAUACCGAUUGCAAUUGACUCCAGAAUUGGAGAAGAUACAUAACGUGUUCCACGUGUCUAUGCUUAAGAAGUAUAUGCCAGAUCCUUCUCAUGUACUAGAGAAACCACCCGUGGAAAUACGGGAAGACUUGAACUACGCCAUGCAACCGGUAAAAAUACUUGACAAGCAAGUAAAGAAGCUAAGAAGCAAGAAAGUUCCAAUGGUUAAAAUCCUUUGGAAAAGUGACCGAGUUGAGGAAGAAACUUGGGAAGCGGAAGCUUUAAUGAAGGAGCAAUAUGCAUUUCUGUUCGAGUAAGCAUUGUGAAUUUCGGGGACGAAAUUCCCAUUAAGGGGGGGUGAACUUGUGACACCGCACCCGGAUGUACUUGAAUUUGGAAUUUGAUAUAUAUUUGAAUUUCCUAACGAAUAAAAUCGCGUAACGGAAUUGGUAUAUUUAAUUAAUGCGUGAUUAAUUAAAUUAUUUAUCGGGUCCCUAAUAAUGGGAAUAGACUCCCAAAUAUUUAGUUGGGCCAUGGAAAGGGCAUGGAGUUGACCUGUUGGUCAAACGAGGCCCAAUUAUCGGUAUUGGUAAUUUAUCGGAUAACAGCCCGAAAUGAAUUUCGGGGACUCCUAAAUUAAUGUUGGGGAACAUACAUCUUCUCUAAAGGCCCAUGAUUAUGAGGAACGCGUGAUAUAUUUUAUUUGGCCCGAUAAAGUAAAAUAUAGUUAAAACAGUCCGAGAAAUACAACUUUCGGGGCCGGUUGUACACACCGGGGCAUAAUGGGAUGACCUCCCACGCGAGUGGGGGCCACCCCACGUUUUUGUAUGCACUAGUUGACUAAAGGGGAGCUGGAGGAACAUGAAUUGAGUGGCAUGUGCGGACUAGUGAGUGAGGGGAUGGGUAGAGACAAACCCAUACACCCCAUGUCCUCUCUUAGUACUAUUCUUGGUCUUUGAUUGAGAGUAGAUACCUCCCCCCUAUCAUUGAGAGCCAUUCGAACCAUACAAGGCAAGAGAGAGCUCAAGGGAAAGUCUUCAACAAGGUCCAAGAUUGAAGGCAACAUCAACAAAAGAAAUCCAAGGAGAAAAGAGUUGUUCUUGAGGAGUUGAAAUCGCCGGAAACCGCCAAGUAUAGGAGGCUGUUCGUAGCUGCAGACCACGAAAGCCGCCCACCUUUUGCAAAAGCCGCCCGGCUUUCGUCUGCUGGUUGGAUUUUCCACUUCUAAUCGACCUAGAACGAGGACGGAUCGAGGGGUUUCACUAAGGCAGCUAGUUGAGCACAUCACAAGUUUCAGGUAGGAGUUGAGCUCGCUACAAAUACUCGUUGCUUCGAGGGAGGAUCCAGGAGGGAAGACGUGGUUCGUGCUUCCUCCGUUUCUGUUUUUAAAACAAUUACAUUAAUGCUCAUGGAUAUUAUUUUUGAAUAAUUAUUUGAGGGCUUGUAUGCCCAUGUUCGCCAAAGUGUGGCAUAAACACUUUAUUAAAUGUUUCCGCUGCUUUAAUUAAUUAUUUUACAUUAUGAUUAUUUAUGGAUGUACUAUUGUGAAUGGUAUUCAAGACGCCUUGUAUGGUAUGGAUGAGUUGGACUGCGGUUGACUAUUCGUACUGUACGGCGGGUUGUUGACGUGUCCGGUAGGUCCGGGGCGUGACAUGCAUGGUUUGGGAAAUUCAGUCAAUCCAUUGAACGGUUUGGAAUGAUAAAAGGUCAAUCAGAUCACUCUGUCUUUUACAGAAAAACGAAAGCAGGUAUCACAUUGCUUGUGGUGUAUGUCGAUGAUAUUGUGAUUACAGGAAGUGAUACCGCAGGUAUUUUGGCCCUUAAGAAUUUUCUUCAUAGCCAAUUCCAAACAAAAGACCUAGGCUCAUUGAAAUACUUUCUGGGUAUUGAGGUAACACGGAGUAAGAAAGGCAUAUUUCUAUCUCAGCGUAAAUAUGUACUUGAUUUACUAACUGAAACAGGGAAAUUGGGAUCAAAGCCAAACACAACUCCCAUGGUUCCCAAUGUGCAACUCACUUCAGAAGGCAUACCAUUCGAAGACCCAGAAAGGUACAGAAGAUUGGUUGGAAAGCUUAACUAUCUCGCAGUCACUCGUCCAGACAUUGCUUACUCUGUGAGCGUAGUGAGUCAAUAUAUGUCAUCUCCGACAGUUAAUCAUUGGAAUGCAGUAGAGCAUAUAUUAUGUUACUUGAAGGGGACACCAGGACGAGGUAUUGUUUACCAAAAUCAUGAUCACAUGAGAAUAGAAUGCUUUGCAGAUGCUGAUUGGGCUGGAUCUAAAGAUGAUAGGAGAUCCACAUCUGGCUAUUGCGUCUUUGUUGGUGGUAAUCUCGUCUCUUGGAAAAGUAAGAAGCAAAAUGUGGUUUCUCGUUCGAGUGCUGAAUCAGAAUAUCGGGCUAUGGCACAAUCGGCAUGUGAGAUAAUCUGGAUAAACCAUUUGCUGAGUGAAAUCGGAUUGAAGACACCAAUGCCUGCUAAACUCUAGUGUGAUAACCAAGCUGCUAUACACAUUGCCAACAACCCAGUGUUUCAUGAGAGAACAAAACAUAUUGAGGUCGAUUGUCACUUUGUUCGAGAAAAGAUACAACAAGGAUUGAUCUCUACAGGAUAUGUGAAGACUGGAGAGCAACUU